CUUCAAAACAUCAUUACACAUCCAAAACUCAUCACUGCAAUACAUAAUCUAGAGGAAAAAAAAUGAAGCAUCCUUCUCCAUUAUUGAUGAUAGUGGCUGGUUUGGUCUCUGCAAUUUUGGUCGGAGCGCAGCUGGGCUAUGCUCAGCUCUCUCCGACAUUUUACGACCAGACUUGCCCAAAUGUCUCCUUUAUCAUACGAGAAGUCAUCCUGGAGGCCAUGCUUACUGAUCCCAGGAUCGAUGCCAGCCUCAACAGGCUUCAUUUCCAUGACUGCUUCGUUAAUGGCUGUGAUGGAUCACUCUUGUUGGACACUACUCCUACUAUGGAGGGUGAGAAAGAAGCUCUUGGUAAUAACAACUCAGCAAGAGGUUUCGAUGUUGUCGAUACAAUGAAGGCUAGGUUGGAGAGUGCUUGUCCUGGAGUUGUUUCUUGCGCUGAUAUUCUCACCAUUGCUUCUCAAGAAUCUGUUACUUUGGCCGGUGGGCCAACAUGGACUAAUCUACUUGGAAGAAGAGAUAGCUUUAAUGCAAGCAGGGCUCAAGCUAAUCUUAGCCUUCCAAGUCCCUUUAUGACCCUCGAGGAGCUCAUCGUCAAUUUCCGCAACGUUGGCCUCCCUAAUGUUACCGACUUAGUUGCCCUCUCCGGCGCUCAUACGUUUGGACAAGCUCAAUGUCGAACUUUUAGGACUAGAAUAUACGACUCUCCUGAACUACCAUUGAACUCAACUUAUAAUGUAACACUAAGCAGAAUAUGCUCAAGAAAUGGAACGACGGAUGCAAAUUCGAGAACCCAGCUUGAUGCUACAACACCUAAUGUGUUCGAUAACCAAUAUUUCUCUAAUCUUCAAUUUGGCAGAGGUCUUCUAAAGAGUGAUCAAGUUCUAUUUUCGACUCCGGGAUCUAAUACUACUGAAAUCGUUAAUAGAUUUACUGCUAAUCGGGCCGUAUUUUUUCAAAGCUUUGUGGAUGCUAUGAUCAGAAUGGGGAAUCUCAGGCCUUUAACAGGAACUGAAGGAGAAAUUAGAUUGAACUGUCGCAGAAGAAAUGGCAAUUUGGCUGAACCGGGCAUUCGUAUGGUUACUUCUAUGUGAUUUAAGAAAUUUCUCUUUUAUGUCCAACAUUAAAUAAAUUAAUAUGAUCAUUGUUGGAUCUUA